AUGCCUCCGCCGCCCCUGUCUCCCAUGCCUACUCGUCGUUCUGAACGCUUGGCUCGAUCCGCCAUGUCCUCGCAGGACAGCUCCCCUGGGGAAGGACGCGGAAUGGGGCUUGCCGUAUACACGCGAGAUGUUGACAGUUCUCGCAUAACACGUUCAUUCCUCUUCCGAGAUGAGCUCGUCGAACAAUAUUCAGAAGAUACUCAAGCGAAUAUUGGACGAGACGACCGGAGUGUCUGUACUUUAAUCGAAGAUUGUGAACACCAAGAACGCUCAUCACAGGCCUGCCACUGCUACAAAGACACGGAGAUUGACGAAGCGUCCAUCGUCUAUAAUGGGAGCAUUGCUGGAGGGGAAUCAUCUAGGACUAUUGGAAAGCAUCAUUUGAAUGGGGGCACGGUGAAAAAUGGAAACCUUCUUUAUCCGAUAGGCCACCCUUAUAGGGUAUCUGUUUAUACGACCGAUUACGUUUCUACCCCAGAUGAUUUCAAAUCGUUCGAAAACUGGGCCUCGACAUCCCAAUACAAGACGGUCGUGGAAACCUGGGACAGAGAAGCAUGCAAAUACAAGAUAGCAGAGCCGGUAGAGACCCGCAGUGGUCUGGACGACUAUGCUGAAUAUGCAUUCAUUGUCCGUGAACGUGUUGAACGGAAUUCUGAGGAGGUGACGCCCUACAUAGACAUCAAAUCGGAAGGCCUACGUGACAUCCUGCGUGUGGUGCUGCACGACAUCAAAGCUAUUAGCCUGAUGGAGGACAAGCCAUCGAUCGAGCAAAACGUCCUUUUCCAUUUCCUCCCGGAGCUCGACGGAUGUGUGGAGCUCUAG